AUGACUUCAUCAAAUGUUAGUAUACCAUCAACGUUUGCCGAUGCAUUUGGAUUUGAUGAUAAUAGCUCAAAAAUGGCCAGUUUUCCUGCGAUCACAAAUGGCAAUAUAAAACAUAUAUCUGAUCCAUUCAGCAAUCAUUACGAUCAAAAUACACCGACUACUCCUGCCGAUAUUGACCCGUUCGGUGUAUCUGGUAAUAUCAAACUCUCUGCCUCUUCGCAAAAAUUUGAUGACUCGCCAUUUACAGUAGAUAAUUUUGCAACAGUUACUAACGAUGAGAAAACGAAGGAAAAUGAUGAAGAAUCUAUUCGUCCUCGUAAUGGAAAGGAAGCAUUAUUAUCCACUAAUUGGGCCGCAUAUCAGCAAUCCUUAUCCGCUCGUAGUCAAGAAUCAAUGCUAAAUACUCUAGAUAAACAAACAGAUGUCAUCACGAAUAUAUCUUUAGAUCCAUCUCAAUUUCAGCAACAACAGCAGUUCAAACAUACGUCAAAUGGAAUACCGUCUCUGCAACAACAACUUUUAUCGUCAGAUAUGUUUGGCAUACCCCAGUCAAGGAGUAUUAAUCUAAUGAAUCCGUUUCUUGUGCCAACAACUGUAACAUCGACAGAAAAUACAAAUCAAAUUUCACCCAUUGACUUAUUGUUUGAUCUCAAUGUCGACCCUGGUACUUUAGCAGGUAAAAGCAAUGUAGAUACGGUUUCAAGUCAAGUUCAAUCGUCGUAUGAUUUACUUGGAUUAAAUCAUCCUCAUCAAGAACAACAAUCAAAAGUUCUCAAAAGUGAUAGUUUAAAUAACUUAACAAAUACAUCAUCUUCCGUACCGAAAACAAUAGCAUCAGCAUCGUCUUUAAAAAAUUUAGUACAACCAUCAAAACACCAGCAACCGUCAUCACUCACAUUGUUACAUUUAGACACGUCAAAUACAUCAUUAACAUCAGGGAAUGCCGCUACACCUUUCGAUGAUAAAUUUCUUGAUUGGAUAACAGAAUCAGAUGAUCUCAUGUGUUCAGUAGAUCCAAAAUUACUUGGUUCGUCGAAAAAAGUGGAUAUUAACAUGGUAAAAUCAACAGAAGAUUUAUUGGGUUCAAUACACAAACCUAUCCCAACGGUAACCUCUAGUCUGCCACCACAACAACAGCCUCUUUCGACAUUAAAAGAAUCCCCAUUUGAACUUGGUUUACCCACAAUACCACCUACAACUGUUGCUCUUCGACGUCCAUCACUUGAAAAUUUACCCAAAAUUCUGAUACAUGAAGCGACAAACGAGAUGGAUGACAGCAAUGUUGUACCUGAUGAUUAUUUUGCUGCAAAUAAAGAAUCAUCACGUUUAAGUAAAACUAUCCCUAUUAAAAAACCAACAGUGAGUGAUGAAUCUGAAGACGAUGAUGAAGAUUUACCAAAACAAAUGAUUUUUUCAAUUGAUGAAAAACAUAAACAAAAUUUAACUACAUCAUCUGUGGGUCCUAUCCCUUUACUUCCGCCACCGCCAUCUCCAUCACAAAUGAAAAAGGAUAUGGUGAUCAGUAUGACUCAUAAUAACAAAAAAUCAAAAACUGCGGCAAGUAGUCGCGAUGCCAGCUCAUCAUCAUCACCUGCCGAGAAUGAGGAAGAUGAUAAUGAUCCUUUGUCAAUGUUUCGUACAAAAUCAUUAAAAAAUAGAAAAACAGAUGUUCUACAAAAAACAUCCAUUGAUUUAAUUAACGAUUGGUUUACUGAUGAUAAUGACACGAAAACGGAAGAGAGACAAAUAUCUAUACCACAAACUGACAAGGUGCCAACAUCGCCCACAUCACCACCGCCCAUUUAUCUUUAUGAAGAAGAUGAUGGUUUGCCAUUAGAACCAUAUCACAACGAUAUAAAUGAAUUACAAUUACAGCAAUUAAACGGUUGGUUACUCUAUGUUCGUACACCAUUGAGACAAAAAGAUUUGUAUAAAAGUACAUUCCAACGUAUUAGUGAAACGCGUGCAUGGCAAGAAUGUUAUGUUCGAAUAUGUUCAGAUGAAAACAAAUUACGUUUAUAUUUACCGCAAACUAUUGAACAACCAUUUGCUGAAAUUGAACUACAAUCGUAUUAUCAACUGACAAAAUUUAAUUUACAACAAUAUGAUCAAUAUACAAAAAUUCAUACAAUAAAAUUAUUUGAAGCCAAUUAUCGUGAAUUACCGCAAGUACGAAUUGAACGUCUGGUAACAUUACCAGAAAAAUUAAUACGAAAAUUUACUCGUCCAAAUAAACCACAACAAUUUCUUUUGGAUCAUGCCAAUUGUGUUCAACAAGAAAUUAUUAAAUUUGGUCAGUUAAAUCAUUCAUAUUUAAAAAAGUUUUCGAUUAUAUUAGAAGAUCUAUUCUGGAAAAUUCCUGUUUUACGAAAUCGUGUACAAAAACAUCUUAAAGAAGAAAUAACAAUAAAAAUUAUUGAUGAAUAUCAAGCAAAUAUUGAUCGUUAUCGUCAUAUUUCAUCACAUAAAUCACGAACAAGAAUAUACAUCUUGGCAUUUUUAAAUGGUUAUUCACCAAUAGUUGAAAUUGGUAUUAAUGAUUGGUUUCGACAUGGUAAAGAAAUAAAUAAACGUAGUGAAAUAAUAUCAAAUAAAACAUUACAAGAAUAUUGGAUUAAACCAGAACAAUGUGAAGUGUCAGCAAUUAUUAAUAAAGAAGAAUACGAGAACACCCAUCUAUUAAAACUCAUACCACCGGAUAGUCAAAAACUAGAAAUUAUGCGCUUUAGAACAAGACCAAGACAAAACAUUGAAUUGCCAUUACAAGUUUAUUGCUUUAUGUCCGUAUUACAACGACAAGUAUCAAUUCGAAUUGAAUUAAUUGUCUCCAGUUUUUUUAACCGUAAUUUGUUAUCAAAAGUUAUUGAUGUUGCAACAUCAUCAAAAGACGACAAUAGCGAUGAUUAUUGUCCAUGUCAAGAUAUUCAGAUACGUUUCCCGAUGCCUGAUUCAUGGGUAUACAUGUUUCGAGUUGAAAAACGAUUUCGCUACGGUGCAAUUCAUAGUGUUCGACGAAAAGCAGGCAAAAUCAAGGGUCUUGAUCGAUUCAUGGUACAUCGCGGUGAUUCUACGCCUGUUUUUAUGGCCACAACAAGUGGCACUGCAAAAUAUGAGCAAGCAUUUCGUUCAAUUGUUUGGCGAAUCGAUCAAUUACCAAAGAAAGAUCAGGGAGCUUAUAAAACACAUGCAUUUCAAUGCAAUUUAUCCAUACCGACAUUCGAUCCAAUUCCUGAAAAAUAUGAGCCGAAUGCUGAAGUUGAAUAUUCAAUGGCUCAAGCAUUUGUUUCACAAUGUCAAAUCCGUUCUGUUGCCGUGCCAAAUGCUGAAGAGCCGCCAGAGAAAUGGGUCCGAUCAAAGACGAAAUUUUCUUAUACAGUAGAAAUCGAAUAUGCAUUUAAAGAUGAAGAAGUAAAAGAAUUUUUACCUGUUGAAAUUGAAAUGAAAGAACAAUCGAUGUCACAGAGUGAAAAUGAAAAUAACUCUGAAACCGAUACUCGUGGAACAACAGCAUCAUCCAUAAUUCAUGGCGGAAGAAGUACAAGUGCAUCGAUUCGUGCAAGCGGUGAUGAUGCAUCUACCUCUUCUUUCGAUACUAGUUCAUUUACAACAGCCAACAAUUCAACAUUACCAUUAGAAAAAUCGUAUUAUCACAUGUUAUUAGCUGGCAAAGUUCAAAUUCAAACAUUGGUUGAUCAAUGGAUAGAAUUAUAUCAAGGCGAAAGAGAUCAAGCACUGAUUGAGUUAAUGCAAUUUUUUCUCGAUAGCAGUGGUUGUAAAGGACGAUUAACACCACAAAUGUAUUUAAAAAUGGAACAUGUCGAUAUGCUACGAGCAAUGACCGAACAUUUUGAAGAAGAUUCAUCUGAAUAUCCAAUAGUAAUGUCUGGUUUACAAUUUAAAAAAUUUCGUUUGUCUUUUUGUGAAUUUGUUACUAUGUUAAUAAAACAAUGUUCCUAUACAAUUAUUUAUGAUCAAUAUAUGAUUGAUAAUUUGGUAACACUAUUAACAGCAUUAUCGGAUUCUGCAGUACGAGCUUUUCGACAUACAGGAACAUUAGCUGUAUUGAAAGUGAUGACAGCACUAGUAGAUAUUGCUUUAACGAUAAGUAUUCAAAAAGACAGUUGUCAACGACAAUAUGAAUCGGAACGACAAAAAUCAACUGUAAGACGUGCAGCCGAUCGUAUGGAGAAUUUAAUGGCUAAACGAAAAGAGGUAAUUAAACAGUAUAAAAGACUAUUACGUUUUUUUAAGGUGUUUGAUUCAAAACAAAUAGAGAGCUCUGUUUUUUCCAUCAUGCACAUUUUACUGCAACUUCUGACGUAGAACGCCUUUUGAAAAGGCAUAUGGCCGUAUUUUCAAAUGGUGUUUCUCAUAAGUAUUUAAGGACCCCCCUCAAGAAUGGUGAUUUUCGGUCAAAAGAUCGGUUUU